AUGGCGCUUUUCAGAUCAAGAUCAGUGGGUGAGGACGUCGGCCCCACCCUGGUUGCCAUCAACAAAGAUAAGAACAGCCAGUGCGCUGUGAAAUGGGCAGUUGACAACCUUUUGGGCGACAAGAACGCUCAUUGCACGCUCAUUCACGUCAGAAGCCACAGCUUUCAUCAUCAUGAUCAUGGAGCAGUCUCUAAAGAUGGCCGCCCACCAACUGAAGCCGAGUUGCAACAGUUCUUUCUCCCCUACCGAGGAUUCUGUGCGCGAAAAGGGAUUGUAGCCAAGGAAGUUGUCCUCCACGACAUUGAUGUUCCAAAUGCGCUUGUUGAUUAUGUGGUUCGCAACUCCAUAUGCAAUAUUGUUGUUGGUGCUUCCCAUCACAAUGCUCUGACAAGAAAAUUUAGGCCUGCAGAUGUGGCUACUUCCUUACUCAAAUCUGUACCAGAAACCUGUGCUGUAUAUGUUAUAUCGAAAGGAAAAAUUCGGACUUCACGGUCAGCAACUGGACCUCAAACACCGAAAAGUAAUGCAGCUACUCCCAGGAAUAAUAGCUCUCAACGGACACCGCUUUCCAGCUUUCUUCACGGUGUGCCAGACUUUGAAGAUGUGAUCAGUCAAGGAAGUUCAGCUGGUAGAAUAUCUUUGGAUAAAACCGCUGAUUUUAAGCACGUCCCGCCAAAAGCACAUAGGUCUGGCAGCAAAACAAAUUCACCAACGCAGUCAGUUACAUCAGCUACGUCAGAUAAGCUAUCCCAUGGGAAUUCCAUAUCAGGUGGUAGUGAUUUCUCAGGGCCAUGUAGUUUCCAAUCAAAUGGCUCUGACAAUGUAGACUUCUCAAUGAACUCGGAGGGUUCCAUUAACUCUUUCUCCUCACAUACGCCGUCCGCCUUGGAUGCUGAGAUGAGGAGAUUAAGGCUUGAAUUGAAGCAAACUAUGGAUAUGUAUACUUCAGCUUGCAAAGAAGCUUUGGCAGCUAAAGAAAAGACGCGGGACCUGCAAAAAUGGAAGACAUCAGAAGAGCAUAAGCUAGAGGAAGCCAAGCUUGCGGAAGAGGCUGCACUGGCUUUGGCUGAUGCGGAGAGGCAGAAGAGCAAGGCUGCAACGGAAGCAGCACGGAUGGCACAACGACUAGCAGGUAUGGAAACCCAUAAGAGAAAAAUUGCAGAAAGGAAAGCCAAGCAGGAGGCUGGAGAGAGAAGGAGAGCAAUGGAUGCUUUGGCACAAAACCACAUUCGGUAUAGAAGAUACACCAUUGAAGAAAUUGAACUUGCAACAGAUUACUUUAAAAUUUCAAACAAGGUAGGGGAAGGUGGAUAUGGACCUGUUUAUAGAGCCUGGCUUGAUCACACUGCUGUUGCCAUCAAGGUCUUGAGGCCAGACAUAUCACAGGGGCAAAGGCAAUUCCAACAAGAGGUUGAGGUUUUGAGCUGCAUUAGGCAUCCACACAUGGUUCUCCUAGUAGGUGCCUGCCCAGAGUAUGGCUGCCUCAUAUAUGAGUACAUGGAAAAUGGAAGCUUAGAAGACCGGCUCUUCCUGAAGAGCAACACACCUCCAAUCCCAUGGGGAGUCCGUUUUAAAAUAGCUGCUGAAAUUGCAACUGCCCUCCUUUUUCUUCACCAGACAAAACCAGAGCCGUUGGUGCAUCGCGACCUCAAGCCGGCAAACAUUCUCCUAGACCGAAACUAUGUGAGCAAGAUUGCUGAUGUUGGCUUGGCUAGGCUAGUUCCACCAUCUGUAGCUGAUGCUGUCACUCAAUACCGCAUGACAGCAGCGGCCGGUACAUUUUGUUACAUUGAUCCAGAGUAUCAGCAAACAGGAAUGUUGGGUGUGAAAUCAGACAUAUAUUCUUUAGGGGUGAUGCUAUUGCAGAUCAUCACAGCAAACCCUGCAAUGGGUUUGUCCCACCAGGUAGAGGAGGCUAUUGAGAAAGGUGCAUUUGCUGAGAUACUUGAUCCUGCAGUGACAGACUGGCCUGUUGAAGAGGCUUUGUCGUAUGCAAAAAUGGCCUUGAAAUGCUGUGAACUGAGGAGGAGGGACAGGCCAGAUCUCAGUACAGUCAUCUUGCCUGAGCUGAACCGGCUAAGAGAUCUUGGGAUGAAAAAUGAAGCGAGUGAAGUUGCCGAUGGACAAGAUCCAUACGUGUCACAAUUUUCAACGUCGCUUCCACCAGUUGGAUCAACCUCAUCUGUAAGCCAGGAAGGAAUGAGAGAAAAUCCUAAUGUGGAAAAUGGAAAUUCAACGUAG